AUGGGAGGCCUUCAACUCGACAUCGACUGGAAGUCGAAUCGGCGGGCCAUCGCCUACUGUUUAGUUGCCGCCAUCGGUGCCCUCUGCUACGGUUACGACACGAUUUAUUAUACAGGUAUUCAGGGCAUGACAUGGUUUGCCAAGGACUAUGGGCAGAAAAACGAAGAUGGCUCCUAUUCGCUUGGAACGACGUUCUUGUCGUUGUCUGCUAGUAUUAUCUACGUGGGAGAGCUCGUCGGAGCCAUUGCCGCCGCUCCUAUUAAUGACUUUCUCGGUCGACGUGCUGUGUUCCUGUCGGCUUCUAUUUGUAUCGUUGUCGGAGCCAUCGUGCAAGUGUGCUCGUUUGGCUCCGAUCCAGUGUUUUAUGUCAGCCGUGUCCUCAUUGGCCUAGGUGUCGGGCAGUUCACUGCUACUUGCCUGAUGUAUAUUGGAGAGGUUGCACCGUCUGCCAUCAGAGGUCCGGCUCUCAUGUGCUUCCAAUUCAUGCAGUCCAUCUCGCAACUGGUCGGCGCCUGUGUCAAUCAAGGCACGCAGAGCAUUCCUAGUGCUCAAUCAUACCGCAUUCCCAUGUGCCUUCUGGUUGUUCUUCCCGGUGUCAUGCUUUUGUGUCUGCCUUUCACACCGGAAAGCCCGGUGUGGUACAUGUACAAAGACAAGCGCGAGAAAGCCAUCAAGGCUCUUCGCAAGAUCAACCAUAGCUCUCGUGACUAUGACCCCUCGACGGACAUCGAAACAAUCCAUGGCCAAGUACAGAUGGAGCGUGAAAUGGCAAAAGACGCAACCUGGCUCUCCCUCCUCACGGACCCCAUUGAGCGUCGCAAGCUCCUCUAUGCCUGCGGUGCCAUGUUCGUCCAGCAGAUCAAUGGUAUCCAGUUUUGGUACACCUAUGGUGUGGUUUUCGCACAGUCCAUCGGCGUCGCAGAUCCCUUCACCAUCAACACCAUUAUCUACGUCCUGCAAAUUAUCACUGUCGGUGUAUCAGUCGUCCUCGGAAACAAGAUCAAGCGUCGCACUAACCUUCUCGUCUGCUCUGGGGGUAUCUUCGUCUCCCUCGUCGCAGUCGGUGGCCUCGGCACUACCCGAUCCGAGGAUGGCUCCUUCAGUCGUGGCAUCGGUAUAGGCAUCGUCGUCCUCGCCUACCUCAACAUUAUCUUCUAUAACUUCUCCAUCGGCACCCUGUCAUAUUCCAUCGCAUCGGAAAUGUCUGUUGGUCGCAACAGAAACAAGAUCACUUCGUGCGCCAUGGGCGUCUUCUUCAUCACCGUCUGGCUCAUGGUCUUCACCAGCCCCUACAUGUACUACACGGGCAAUUUGGGUCCGAUGAUCGGGUUCGUCUAUGGAGGAACAACCCUGUUUUUGCUAGCGUACUCCUGGUUCUGUGUUGGUGAAACUGCGGGUCGCAGCAAUGCGGACAUCGAGAGACUCUUCCAGGACAGAGUUCCUGUUCGCGAGUGGGCGACGUAUGUUAUUCCUUCCGAUGAUGUGGCAGUUAUGAAGAACAAGGGCACCGAGGAUGAGCAGAUUGAGAUGGCAUAA